ACAAACUCCAACUGCCAGGAUAGCGUGAGAUCUCACCCGAGCGAAAGUAGUGAUGACGGAGGCGGGGCCGGCCCGGAACCACCCAGACAGUCUUUAGAAAAGGGCGUGGCCUGCGGGGAGCCGGAAGACGUUACCUGUUGAAUCGUUCUAUCCAUUCUCUUCCCAACCCUUGAAGCUACCCCUCAGAGAGAAGCCGCAGACCAUAAGCCUCUUCCGAAAAAGAGGUAAGGGGAGGUAGACAAAGGGCAGUGGAGGAGACUGGCUAUUGUAUUCUGUAGAAGGAGCACAACAGCUACUUUUUACCUGCUGAGUCAGAUGAACCUGUCCAUGGGGGCGGAGACCAGCUUAUGAGAAAGGGCAAGGACUGAGGAGGUAUUUAUUUGUUGGUUUUCAAGUCUAAAUUUAGAGCUGUCUGUCUGCAGACCCAUUAGCGGAUUUGUCUGGGGUACUUUCGGCAUCGGGAAGAGAAAAGAAACGAGGAGACUUUUCGGCAGCAAAGGAAAGGCCUGUCUAGGCCUCCUCCCUUCCGUGUUAUCCCUAACAGAAAACGAUAGAGCCACAUGGCUUCCGCAGUCUGGGGAAGUGCCCCUUGGUGGGGCCCGCCGCCACCAGCCCCAGCCCGCCCGCUCACGGACAUCGACUUCUGCUCUGGGGCACAGCUGCAGGAACUAACCCAGCUUAUCCAGGAGCUGGGUGUGCAGGAGAGCUGGAGUGACGGGCCCAACCCGGGACCAGACCUCCUUCGGGCCAAGAACUUUGUUUUCUCUUUGCUUGACGGCACUGGGCAGGAGCUGCAACUGGACGUGGAAUCCUGUUAUGCCUGGCUCUGCCUCCCAGAACUGAUGCACGGAAUCUCUGUCCGAGAGGCUUGGCAGGAUUGCCUAGGACCACCAGUCCCAGGAGGACGUGAUUCCAUGCACCGAACAGAAAGCGAAGAAAGCCCCAAGGACCAGCAAAGCUCCGUGCACCCGCCACACAGUUAUGUCACUGAGCCUGAGCCUCUUGUGUCUUCUUUGGAAAAAUCACCUAGUAACGGUUCGGGGCCCGAGUCGCCUCUGCAAGACGUAACCGAUCCUGGCUUCCCCGCACCGCUGAAAAAAAUGAAUGGUGACGUCACCAAAGCAGCAGUGGAUAGUCCAGUCCCACAGCCGUCGGAGGCUCUGGAGGCGUGGCCCACAUUGUGCCCUGCCAAGGUGGCUGCAUGGUUCUUUGCUAUGCUGGCCGAGGUCGCGGAGUCCCUGUACCCGGUCCCGGGUGCCCCGCGCUUGGUCCACGCAGCCCGCCACGCGGGGUUCACCACCAUUCUCCUGGCUACGCCAGGGCCUCCACGCCACCUCCUACUUUUCGACCUGAUCCCCGUGGUGUCUGUGGCUGGCUGGCCGGAGAGGGCUCGGAGUCACUCGUGGGCCGGCCCGCUGGCCUCCGAGCCCUCCUCCUUCUACCUGGUGCCCAGCGGCCGCAUAGAUCGGCGGGGCGCUUCUGGCUGGCAGCUGUGCUUCGCCCGCCAGGAGCUGGCGCUCAAGGCGCGCAUACCCGCUCCGCUACUGCAAGCGCACGCAGCUGCCCAGGCGCUGCUGCGCCCGCUGGUGGCGGGGACCCGGGCCGCGGCGCCCUACCUCCUGCGGACGUUGCUCUACUGGGCUUGCGAGCGACUGCCUGCCCUCUAUCUGGCGCGGCCCGAGAAUGCGGGCGCCUGCUGUCUCGGGCUGCUGGAUGAGCUGAGCCGUGUGCUGGAGGCUGGGACACUGCCCCACUAUUUUCUGAGCGGCCAAAAGCUCUGUGCGGGGGACGGUCCAGCAGCGCUGCUCUUAGCAUUGGCUCGGCUUCGUGGGGACCCUGUCCGGGCCUUGUGCGCUGCGGUGGAGGAGGCUAAGGCUGCGCGCAAGGGGGGCGGCUUGGCUGGCGUGGGAGGUGGGGCCCAUUAAAGACUAGUCCUACCAGGGUGGAAAGUGCUUCUGUUAGCUAGCAGAAUGUGGAGCGGACUGCGCGCCCCUUGCUUGGGAGACUAAGAAUCCUGGACGCAAAGAUACCCUUCUAGAAGGCCUCCUGGCCCGUCAUACUACCCUUUUCCCGCCUCAACCCUGUUACAGGUCAUCCCAUUCUGGCUUUUCCACUCUCCAAAUCUGUGACCAGUAUCCCUCGCAUCCUGGUGCAGCCUCUAGCAACCAUCUUCCCCCAAUUCUUGUGGUCUUUUCUUUCAGGAGUCAAUAGGGAUGGAGGAGGGGGUAUAUUUACUGACGAAACGUGGAAAGGAGAAGUAUGGAGACCAGAGACAGACCAAUUUGGCUCACACAAAAGCAGAAAUAUUAAGGAGGCUGGGUUUCACCCCAGGCUAGAUCUCGGGUCCCCCACUCUCAUCUCUUCAGUUAUUUCCCCCGCUGUCUUCAUUUAGUUCUGUCCUCCCAUCCCAGGCAGUAGGGUCCCUUUUGCCCCCUUGGGGUGUCUGCCAUUCCAUCUAUCUUAAGCCCAUCUCUCCCCCCAUCCAGCCAUUCCAUUCAGUGGUCACCACCUUGUCCCUUCUCUGAACCCCGAGACGUGCGGCUUUGCCUUGGUUCCGCCUGCCUCUUUGACUGUCCCCACUCCCUGCCUCCAAGGAACCCCGGGGUUCUGCUCGCCCAUCUUCACCCCCCUUUCCCUGCGUCUCCGCCCCCUGCCCCGCCUCCCGGCCUGCUCUCCAAAAAGGGGGAGUUGCGGUAGUCGCCGCCGCCUCAGCUUCCCACAAUCGCUGCCGCUGCCGCUGCCGCCGCUGUGCUUGAUCCAGCAACCAGGCCCAGUGCUCUGACUGCGGGACCAGGGCUCUCUG